AUGUUACAGGCACCAGGUCCCUUCCCACACCUCAACUUGGCCACAGCCUCCCUGAUAUCACCCAGAGAGGAGACAUGGCUCCCCUCACCAUCCCUCCUCGUUCUGACGAGGGAGCGCUUCGACACGCUGGUGGCCGAGCACAAGCAGGUGCUUGGGCGCGGCGCCUCGUGCACGGUGUACCUGGUGGAGGUCGGCGGCGCCCUGUGCUGCCUCAAGGUGGCAAGGGAGCAGCACCUCGCCGCCAUGUUCCGCAGGGAGUUUGACAUCCUGCUGGACCUGGACGGCGCGGCGGGCGCCCCCAAGGCCUUGGGCACCAGCUUUGAGUUCCCUGCCAUGCUCACCACCUUCUGCGGCCAGAAAACCUUCUGCGACCUGCACAAUCUUGCUCCCCGCGACACUGACAAACUGGCGGCCUUCUUGGCGCUGGCCCGGGACGUGCGGCAGCUCCACGCCCGCGGCUACGCCCACACCGACAUCAAGCCCGACAACGUGGUGCUGCACCAAGGCGCCGACGGCCGCCUGCAGGUGUUCCUCAUUGACUACGGCUUGGCCAAGACAUUCGGCACAGGACUCAGCAUCGCGCGCACGCACAUGCACCGCACGCCCUGGAUGGCCCCGGAGCUGCGGCGCGGCGCGCCAUGCUCGCCCCCCGUGGACGUGUUCUCCCUCGGCUACGUCCUGAGGCGCGUCCUGGCCACGUGCCACACGCGCUUAUCCGGCCUGGAGGUGCUGGCCGACAGCGCCAUGGCAGCAGACCCGGCACAGCUGCCCUCGGUGGCCCAGAUCAUAGAGACAGUCAGGAUAUACGCGGGAGAGAUAUCCAGGAAGGCGGCCUUUGUCCGGCGUGUUCGCAAGGCCUUUUCCUGCCCCUUCCCGCGCCGCCGCCAUUACUAA